AUGUUGGCAGAUACCACAACUCCGAGUACCGCCCAAGCGGAUCAGAGCGCCAUGUCCUCAUCUUCCAAUUCGUCCUCCCAGAAACCACCACCAAGCCCCUCUCACGUCUCCGAUUCUUCCACGAUCAGUAAUGCUGCUGUCAACUUCAACGGGUCACAUGACGCUAAGUUUAGCAAUGUUAGCAUCAAUCAUGCCGAAGUGGAUGUUACUAUACCCCCAACUGCACCAUCUGCCGCAGAAGUUCCAGCUAUUCCUUCGGGGGCUACAGAGAGCGUGGAAUUCCUCGAGCAACAGCUCGUGGACGCUCCGGACAGCAACAUCGUUACAAACGCAUCCCCAGCAGGAGCAGCAUCCAUUCCAUUGCCAGCUACAAAGAGCAUAGAAGCUCUAGAGAAAGAGCUUAUAGAUGCCAUACGAGCAGCCAAGGCCGAUCCUACAUUCCCGUGGUCAAUCCAGGAUGUUGCGCCCGGUGCUUCGAUUCGAGGCUUGAAGCUCAUUACUCGGAUAAUGGAGCGAAUUGCACAGCCAAUAGACCCGAACGGAUUGAAUGAAGGAGAUUUUGUAUGGAACGUAGUAGUUGAACCUACUACUGAUCGAGACGUCCUCCAGCGUUCUCGAGGCAACAUUCUACAUACAGACUACGGAGUCUUUGUUAUCAAGCUACGACCGGGGAUUAUUGUCAAACAGAAGGCUCAACACUGCAAUGUCGCCGAGAUAGGCCGCCGUGGCGAUAGAGUGCUAGAUGGACUAUCACCAAUGGAUCUCAUAGAGCGUAUGGGAGUCUUGCCACUUGAUGUUGGUCGGUUCAGUCGUGCGGCUCUUUCGGAAGACGAUGAACUCUUUCGCCUGAUCUAUGAACCCUUGAGGAUUGCGGAACACUCUGGGCCUGGCAAACGUUUGAGUCAAUGUUCUGUCGUCCAGAUCGAUCGGCAGCAUCCUUGCGACUACAACGACCUCUUGGUUCGCGGGGGUAGGCUAGCGACGGAAUCCUUCUCAAGACUUCGUGCUACGAUCGACAUCGCAGACCAGCUAGGGAUUGAACUCUUGGGAAUGACUACCGAGGCACGUUUUCGUGACCUAAAGACCAAGCCAAUAAACCGCCGACCACGAGAGGUUUUAUCUGGCUUCAGGCUUAGAUCAUAUGAAAACUCCAUGGACCUUCUGGAAGUGCUCAGGCGCAGAGCUGAAGAAUACGUGGCAAGCCCUGCGAACAAUCUGCGUACGCCUGAUGGUAGAGGUGAUACAGCAGCAAACCUCUUGAACCAAGUCAAUGUGGAUCCAAUGGGGCAACCCGUUCCCAACGAUACGAUAGCCACGGCUCAAAUAUCCGGCUCACCGACAGCGACGAGUAUGACCAAUUUCGUUGGCACAACAAGCAUUCAUCCUGAUCGCCGCGGUGUACAAUCGGCUCCCACGCUCAUACAAGCGAUAGAAAAAGAUUCACGAAUGGCUUGGGAAUAUGCGUCUAAGCAACUUGUUGCUCCUCUACUUGCCGCACAUGAUACCGCAUGGAUGGGCUGGGAAGAGGUGGUUCGUGACAGGGACAUAGCCGGAAACGACUCCGCUUCCAAGAAACGCAAACUGGACGAAGCCCUCAAACUGCACAACGAAGCAAAGACUAAGAGUACGGGUACCAUGGAUGUGUUCCGGGAAAUCAAGCGCUUGAAACGGAGCGAGAGACUUGCAUUGUCGCCCGAGGAGGACCUGCGCGAUGAGGCUCUACGCCUUUACACCAAGCUCGACAGUGUCACUGCGGAAAUGGAAAAGCUGCAAGCGAAAUCUACGAAGUUCUUUGACGGAAACUAA